UACAACUGUGAGAAAAACGUUCCUGUUGAAAUUCAAGAUUUGCUGAUCGGGCUUAUAAAUAAGAGGCGAGACAAAGAGAACAACGAUUAUGCGCUGUCCAACGGAGGUCACCCGCUACUAAUGGAGAAAAUAAUGGGGUUCGACUGCUAUCUUGCAGAAGAAGCUUUUACACAUUCCACUCAUGAAAACGUCUUACAUGACGGCAUAUUGGCAGAACUUCUCGAGGAAACGUUGAAUGACGCAGUUAGAAAUGUCGACAAACGACUGAUUUGGUUUCUCGUCUAUCGAGCAAGCAAAGUGUGGAUGCAGUAUCGACCUGAUCACUUCCAAGGAGAAUGGAGAACACUGGCUGCUCUUGAAAUGCAGAUUCAACACGGUCAAAUGGGAGACCACGUCGAUCUCCACGUAACUGAGUGA